UUUCAAUUGAAUAGUCACGUACUCAAGGGUUCGAUUUAUCAUUUGUCGGCAAGGUCAACAUGCAGGCAUGCUGCACGCCAAUCGGCUAGCGCUUUUGCUUCAGAACACUCAUGGCUAACGAACUGCAGGCGCAUUCUCCGCUAUCCAGAACGCGUGGAGUUCACGAAGAGGUCACAGAUUCGCUCCGCCGUAUAGGCAACAAGUUCAACCAAAUAGUUAUCGAUACAAUGGACGAAUCUAGAGCGCACAAAACUCGAGCUACGGAAUGGGAAACCAGACAUCACGAUGUUGUCACGGAGAAUAACGCCUUCAGAGCCCAUAAUGAGGAAUUGAAACGUCUACUCGAGCUCAGCCAGCCUGAUGUAGGGAGCGCGAUUGAGGGUAGAGACGCUGCAUAUCGUAAAUUGGGACAUGUGCGGCGUGUAAUGCGCGAUCUCUUAGUGGAUUUGGCGGUAACGCAACUACCUUCUUUGUCGAAUUACGUCCCUGAACUCAAGGUUUAUCGCAGGUUGAUGUUGGAGAUAGUCCGAAUGAAGGCGCUUCGUUACUGCUACAGGCAGAGCCUCAGCCACGAUACAGAGAGAUUGGUGCCUCCCCGUCCCCUUCGGUCCAGAGUCGCAGAAACGAUGGGUCCUCUAACAGCUCUGGUUCUGGCAAUACUGCGCGCCCGACAUCUAAGGGAAAGGAACGUAGCUCGCUCAAAACCCCGACGAUUGUGCCGAUUUCAUCUCCAGCCUCGACUUCAUACUCUCGCGCAUCAAGAAUAGGAGUAAGCGGAGCCGUAUCUGAUCUCAACAAUCAGCAGAGAUCAUCUGAAUCCAACAACUCAUCCGAACCUCCUGUGGAUUUGUCUGUACAUG